AUGGCUACCACACUAUCCCUUAAGGAGCUGUCUAAAGCCAUCAAGGAGUUCAUCGUUGAGCCAACCGUGCCUCUGCCCGAGGAGAUCGUCGCGACGAUUGCUGCCUACCAGCGGAGGCACGAGAAAUACGACGACGCCGCAUCCGAUCGCCUGCAGGAGGAGCUGCUCCUCAUCUUCGAUAAGAAUGUUCGGGGAAACCCUGCUGCGUCCUGCGCCUGGAUGGGCAUCCUGCGCCGGCUCCUGAGAGUGCUGCAGACCCCCGAGCGAAUACUUGUGUGGCUGGAGGCUUGCAAGGGAAUGCUCGACAAGACAGACUUCAAUAAACAUAUCGUUGACGAGGCUAUGGACACUCUAAAUGAGAUUGUUGCCAUUGCCGACGAGUACCACGAUGGCGCCGGCAACGAUUUUGCCUCAAACCCUCUGAUUGAUAGACUUUUCGAGAUAUGGAUGGAAGACUUUCAGCCAGCUCACUUUGAAGGCUUCCUGCCGUCGCAGCAUACCCAGAAGAUGAUAGGUGAUGCGCUAGGGCAGUUUGGGAAGAAACGACCAAAGGCACGUAUACCUCAUCCCAUACAAGACACUUCAACUGCAGUCCUUUCGGCUGCGCUAACCGCUCUCGCCAUGCUGUUGCCGCACAUGCCUAGCUCUCUCGUGCCACAUUUGCCUACUCUCUUCAACAUUUACACCAGAAUGCUCUUCUGGGAAGCUUCAGAGUCGCCUUCGCAUGAGUCCGAACAGACAAAUCGGUGGGAGGUGAUUGCAUACGAUCCGGAGACGGAAGAUGCCCACGUAUCUCAUUUGGACAAUUAUUACACAAUCUUAUAUGGUCUGUAUCCUAUAAACUUUAUGGAUUACAUUCGCAAACCACAGAGAUAUAUACGGCACGCAAACCUGCCUAACGCCGACGAGAUUGAAGUACAGCCUACCGAGAUUCGGCAUCGAUCGGAGCGGUUUAGGAGAAGCCACUUGCUGCAUCCAAAUUUCUUCACGUACACGAUUGAAACUGAAAAGACGGAUUUGGGGCGAUGGAUUAAGAGUGAGGCUGCCGAAGUCGUGACUGAAUGCAUGGCGCUGUGCGUUACACAAACAAGCCAAUUAUUUCCUGACCACCUGGAGCUGCCACAUGCCCCGGAGUCCUCAGCUCAGGUCCCCAACGACGAACUGAGCCAGGAGAGGUCGGAUCCGGGCUUGCUGAGCAGUUCAGUAACCAAGGUGAAUUCGUGGAGAAACUCUCACAUAUCCAGCACAGAAUCUGCCACUAGCGAUGGCGCGCCGUCUACCUUGAUGAGGCGUGGAUCCCAGUCGAGCCAACAUUCGGGGAGGGACUCUGUCGAAGCGUCGCGCUUUAAGGAUUUAGCUGGCAUCGAUAGCCCGUCAGGGGCCCAGCUUCUCCAAUCGGCUUCUCAUACCCAGCUUCAAGACCUCAUUAGAUCAAAUAAGGUUAUCAAAAGCAGUCUUCACCAAUCGUUGGCAAAUGAUAGCGUGCCGUCUCUCGCUCUGAGCCACCAAGAGUCUACAGCUGAUACUAGACCGUUGACGACAAUGACGCUGCCUGCGCAGGCCCAUACGCCCGUAUCCGCAGGAGAUGUGAGCAGCGCUCAAAUUGCCCAUCUCCAAGGACGGCUUCUCUUGCUGCAAAAUGAUCUUAGCUUCGAGAGGUAUCUCAAGCUGCAGCACAUGGCUCACAUUGGCGAGCUCAGACGGCGACAGAUGGCGGAAGCUGCUACGGAGGCAGAGAUGCAGAACCUGAUCAUGAUGAAUAGGAACCUCAAAAGAAGCUACGAAGAAGCUAAGCAGGCCGAGAUGCAAGUCCGCAAGGAGUCGGAAAAUCGCCGCGCCAUAGCAAAGAAGUGGGAGGCAGACCUCGCAAACAAGCUGAAAAAUCUUAGGGAAGAAUCAAAGAAGAUGCAGACGGAGUCUGAGUACAUUCGAAAAGAGCUUGAAGAGAAGAGGCAAGAGUGCGAAAAGCUGCGCAAGCUUGUAUGCGACGCCGAAGUGAAGGAAUUGAAUGCGAGACAAAACAUGCAGUCGAUUGAGAUACAUGGCGCCGAGAUUGACAGGCUCAAGGCAGAGGUUGAGCGACUCUCAUUAUCUGAACGGGACUAUCAGGCAAAAGAGGUCGAACGGCAAGCCUCUAUCAACGCGGCUGAGGAUGCCCAGAAUCAGAUGGAAAUGUUGAAGAUGAAGUUGAGCGCCAAAGAGGUGGAUUUUGAGCGAAUGAAGAAGCUUUUCCAUGGCCAGGCGACUGAGCUUCAGGCGCAGCUCUCGGCAGCUCUGGAGGAGCGAAAUAAGCGACCUGCUGCGGCAGUGAACGCUGCAGUUGAGGCUUCACUUGAAGCAAGCCGUGCCAAGCAGGCUGAGAUGCAGAAGCAGUAUAACUUACUGUCGCGCAAAUACACAGCACUGCAGUCGUCCUUGCUGGAUAUGCAGUUGGAGGCAUCGGUUACAACGGGGAAGUCGAGCAUAGCAGAAGGUGAAGAUGAUGGCAUGCUGUCGCCUACGGGCCCAAUGUCAAUAAGGUCAAGACCAGUCCAGCUUCUGUCAGCGACUGAACACGCUGAGGGAGCAGCGUCAUCGCUCGGCUCGCACCCGGGGACGCCGACAUCCUCUGUGCUGCAGCCGCUACAACCCACGAGCUCCGCGGGGACAGGAGAGACAGAUGGUAAGGCUUCAUCGCUCAAUCUGUCGGUGAGCCCGGAAAGAAGUUACUUUGGCAGUAUGAUCCGCAGAGAUAGUAAGGAAAAAGCCAAGGAUGAGUCUGGCAAGCCUAAGAAGGAAAAGAAGUCCAUUGGCUUGAGAGGAAUUAGGGGAUUUGUUAAUAGCUAA